CAACAAUCUCAGCAUUGCAUAGUACCUCCGUCAAGCUAAUUAUUUCGGUCAAGCCUGUAUCUAUAGGAUCGUGCGCUACUCGUUUCUGCGAAGACAGCAAUGCCAUUUGCCAGGUUACCGUUGCAAAGUAGGAUUUGAAAGGGGGGUGGGACGGCCGCAAAUGUUUAUGGGAGUAAUUUAAACGAAUUCUUGAAGUCUUCUGUCGCUGGCCAUGUGAGGCAACACAGAGCGUUCACCUGAAUUGAGCACUGAUGCACCGGACAGACACUGAAGUCGUCUACAAUCUAAACCAACAUCAAGUUCAAUUGUUCUGGACGAAUGGUCAGGAACAAGAGGUGGAGGGUCAGUGUCAAGGUGAUACCAUCAGCCGACACUCCUGCUCUGCUGCAGCCAGGCCGCAGAUUUGGGAGGAACCUAGGCAGCACUGUGGCAACAUCUGCACCGAGGGGACCCCGGAGGCCGGCCAGCGCCCUUCCAUCCUGGCGGAUCCCUGCAAGAAACACAGCUCAGCAGGAAGAACAGCAGGAUGGCUUUGCAGAUGGAGAUGGAGAAGCCGCUGCUGCCUAUUAUCAGCCUCCGCCCUCACGCCGGCGUCUGCGGAAACAGGCAGCUCAAGAGGAUAAUAGACGGCUGCACCAAGCAUGGGAUGCGUGCUUUGAUGACAAUGUAUUCAGGAACACAUGUUUCCAAGCUGGUCAGCCUGCACGCCAAGCAGCACUGAAGCAGCAGCUGCAGGCAGAGUUUUUGACAGCUGCCAGAGCAGCCCUGCCCGCUUGCAGUCCAUGCAGUCAGGCUGGGAGGGUGGGAUCAGUGUGGGAGCAGGUGGAGACGAUCAGCAGGCUUGUGUAUGUCUCGAUCAGCGGCAGGACAGAGGUCAGCCCCCCAGCAUUCAGGUGUGGCGGGUGCAGUGCCGCCUUCACAGUCGAUCCUGUGAGCAUGGGAUGCUUUCCUGCAACGCCACAGAGGCCGCUGGUUUACUACUCUGGAGCGCUCAUGUUGCAGACGCAUGAGCUCAGCCUCGCCAGCCCAACCUCAAUGGUCGCCUGGACUAGCGCCCUGGAGGAGGUGCACGUCAGGAACGGCUGUGUGCCGUACGGGCAACUGAGUGGCCUGCCCAAAAAUAUCUGGAGGAACCUCCCAGUGGCGGUCAGACAGUGGCGCAGAAUGGACAUCGCCACACAUGACCUCAACAGGCUUGGCGUGCAGCCCAUCUGUUCGGAGGCAGGGCUCAGCGGUGACUCAGACUUGCAGCUCGGCCAGCCGCCGCCGCCCCAGGAGAACACUCAGAGGGAAGCAGCAGCGUCGUCAUCGCCACCAGAAAUGGAAGCAGGCAGCCUCGCGGCUCAAACUGGCAGAGAUGCAGCUGAGGUGGGCCCGGCGACCCAGGAAUCUCUGGACAGUCGUGCCUCCGGGGGCCCCACUGUGCAGUGUCCUUGCUGCUUUCGCACUUGCGUGGCAGCCAUUGCUGACGCCUGCCUGGGACUCACGCAGCUCAGGGCGGCGGGCAAAGCCUCUGAUUUCCUGCAGCCGAAGCUGCCCUAUAGCCCCUUCAUUGCUGAUGAAGAGGUGAAGGCCUUGCUCGCUCAACGGAAGGCCUUGGACCCGGCGGCGCUGGAGCGGCCGGUCUGCUCUCAGUUCGUUGCUGCCACGCCAACCGCCUCAGACACGCAGCUGCGCCUAUAUGUGCAAGUGAGUCUCCUCGCAUUUUUCUGGGAUCUUGUUGCGCUUACUGAUGUUGGCAUGCAUCUCAUAUAUCCAUGA